CACUGAUAGGCGGCACUGAUAGGUGACACUGAUGAUGGGUACGGAUAGACGGCACUGACUGGCAUCACUGCUGGGCACUGACUGGCGCAACCCCUGGGCACUGCUGGGCAGCACUGCUGGGCAGCACUGCUGGGCAGCACUGGUGGAUGGGCACAGGUGGGUGGCACUGGUGGGUGGCACUGCUGGGCACAGGUAGGUGGCACUGCUGGGCACAGGUAGGUGGCACUGCUGGGCACAGGUGGGCGCAGCUAGUGGGCGCACUGCUGGGCACAGGUGGGCGGAACUUGCGGUGGCACUGCUGGGCACCGAUCAUCAGGGCACUGAUCAUCAGUGCCCUGAUG